AUGUCCGAACCCACUGAAACAAGCGCCCGCUCCCUAGCUCUCACCAUCAAGCAAGAGCAGCACCAAGGAGACACCACUAUUAACUCACCAUCGCCAUCUGAUAGCAAGCAUCCCAAGUCAUCACAGUCGUCGGAUGACUGCAGUCAAACUUCUGCGCCUAUGAGCCCGCACCCUCGUCUUGGAACAACCACGAAGACGCCAUCUGGACCCCACGUCGGCUCCUCCCGCCCUAGACCACAGUCGACAACGCGUCCUACCAAGAUGCUGUCGCAAGCCCAAUCCGUCCAUUACACCCGGACGGGACGUGCGUAUACACGAGCAGAGCAUCUACGACGACACCAAAAGAAUCAUGCUCAAGAGGAUGCUUUAUCGUGCGACUACGCCAACUGCAGUAAAGUAUUCUACCGCCCGGACCUCCUGCAGAGGCAUCAGGAGAGGCACUCUCAUCAGGAUGGAUAUAACUCUGCAGGGUCUCCAGGUUCGUCGCAAUUCUCUGCGCCGACAACAGUACCAGCAAGUGCCGCAACAAUCGCAUCUGAUCCGCCCCAUUCGACCUCUCUGUAUGCUUCACCUAGGCAGCAUCCAUCAACCAUAACCUCAAGGUAUAACCCUUUUCGUACUCCUUUGAUUCCACGGACUCCUGGUCUUUCAUCAUCCACUUUCAUUCUCAGUUCUCCUCCUACCUCUAGCCCCAAUCCGAAACAUAAUGCGCAGUUUGCGUCUCGCUCAUUUGCGCCCGUCGCCAUGACGGUUGAUGGCAUGUCGACUUCCGCUGGAUGGGGGGAGCAGUUCGGCCAGUCACCCGCGUACUCAUCAUCCGACGAUUAUGCUUCUCCGCACCCCGGCCAAGGAGACUAUGGCAACUUGUUCUCGAACUUGUCAUGGAGCCAUAGUGGCAGUCGCACGCGCACCCCAUCCAAUGCGUCCUUGCAUGACCCGUGGGGGCCAUACACUCCACAAUCCCCGUCUUCAUCGGUUUCUACGAUGCCAUAUACUUGUCCACCAGUUCCCAGUCUUGCAUACAUGACUACUUCAUAUCCAGUGUCGAGUUAUGGCAUACUGGCAACUUCAGACCCGACGGCAGACUUUGAGCAGUUUGGUUCAAAAACCAUGAUGCGGAGGGACAUGGAUGAGGCUGGCAUGCUGUUCCAGGAUCAAAACAUACGGUAUGGGCCAACUCGCGCAUACCUAUCCGUUUGA